UCUGCACAUAGCGUCUUUCAUUUACAUGUGAUCCUCCCUUAAACGAAAUUCAAAAACAUCGCAGUCUUCUCCGCAAAAAAGAUCCAAAAACCCGCCAUGUACAACGCCGAGGAACCAAAGAACGUUAUCAGCAAAUGCCUGAAGUAUUUUCUCUUUGCUUUCAACCUUUUCUAUUGGUACAAAUGGAUGAUGGUUAUCAUUGUCAUUCUUGAAAUUCUUGGAGGUCUUCUUGCAUUUGCUUUCUGGCCUGAGGUGAGAGAUUCAAUUGAAACCCAAAUAAAGAAAGGCAUCGUAAACUACAGGGAUGAUAUUGAUCUACAAAAUGUUAUUGAUGGUAUCCAAGAAAAGUUUAAAUGCUGUGGCAGCUCAAACGUCAAUGACUGGAACAUCAACCAAUACUUCAAAUGUAAUGGCCCAUCUCCAGAGGAAUGUGGAGUACCUCAUUCUUGUUGCGUCAAAACCGAAGGCCAGAGCAUAAAUGUACAGUGUGGAUGGAAUGUCAGGCAUAAACAUCGUCUCAUCCUUGCCAAGGAAAAGAAAAUCUAUAUCGUUGGAUGUUUAGAUGCAGUCAUUAUAUGGUUCAGGGAUCACUUGUAUGUUGUUGGUGCUUUAGCUAUUGCGUUUGCUUUCCCUCAGUUCCUCGGCAUCAUUUUGACGCACAUAUUUGUUGGACAAAUCAAAGAACAAAUUGCCGAGUGCAGUAAGCCACCUAUGUACAAGUACAGACCUGACCGUACACCUCUGACAAGCGAUUAUAUUCAGUAGUCAGCAGUGUGACUUGAAAAACCCAGGGUACCUGGAAGUAUUUGGUGGGUUCUUGGAAUGCUUCAAUAACUAACUUUAAACAGCAUUCUUGAAAGUCUUGCUAAAUCCUUUACCCAUUUCUAACUAAUUAUAUUAAUGUUUCUAACUUGAAAAAGAAGUCAACUGCUAAAAACCAUCAUACUAUAAUUAAUUUUUACUGACAGAAUUGAAACUUAUACAGUCAAAUCUUUGCCUUGCUGGUAAUUUUGACCAGUAACAUUAAGCCAGAAAUGAUGUAUAUACAGUAUUGCAAAGCUAAAGCUAACUUAGCUGAUCGUUAUGACUAUAGUAACUGACCAGCUGUUAUCUUUAGCCUUUUAGCUUUUUUUUUUUUUGUCCUUCAUGUAAUGUCUUCACAUGAAAAAUUGCAAAUGGUUUAUUUGCUACUUAACCAUUGACAUUCUACAAAUAUUUCCAGGGCACGAUUCUUCAUGUCACACUAUAAACUAAGUGGUAUCUACUGUAAGUUAGAUUAAUCUGAAUGUUUUUUACAUUAAGUGCUAGAGUAAGUAUAAGUACUAACAGUACUUUUCUAUAUACUUUCACUUUGUUGGUAUAGUGUUAUUUAUUGUAUCUAAAGAAGAAUAUUUUGUAAUAAUCUUUGUAUUAGGUCUGCCUCUAGUUAUAGGAACAUGACUUUGAACAUACAGUAAUCAACAGCCUCUCCUCACUACUCCCCAUUGUUCUGCCUGGAUGAAUAUUGAACGGGAGGGAUUUGUUAUGCUGCCUCCCUUAGCUAGGAUCCCUUAGAUAGAGAUAAAGUAACAGGUGGUUUUGAAGUUACUGUCGUUAACAGAAAAAUUUUAAGAUCAAUUAUGACCUUGUAGUUUUUCUACUCUAAAAAUGUAAGUUAUACAUACAUUAAUGAAUGCCACCAAGUUAUAUAUUUAGAAAAACCAAGUUAUAUAUUUAGAAAAACUAGUAGGACUUCGGAGUCUGACAUGAUUUUGACAGUGAGCUUUGAGCAUCUCUCCCGGAACUUCCCAUAGAAUCCGUUGUGGAUCUGUUUUCUGAAGGAUUGUGUAAAUUAUUUCAUACGUAUACUGUUUGAUAACUGUACCAUAUAUCAUUUUUUAAUGAUCUCUUUCAACACUUUUGCAUCCAGACUUCUAAUUUACCAGUUUGUCUUUGCAAAUCCAUAAUGAUAGUACAAAAUACAGUUAAGAUUUUUGGUUUAAAAAAAGCCUUUUGUUGGCCCUUCCAAGCAUUUUCAAAAUGUGGCCCAAAUAGACAAUGCCCAUGAGCUAGUUUUUCUAGCACAAAGCAUGACAGGAAAGUAACUGCUCAUACCAUUUUUGCCCUCAGUAGAAAUUUCCCAGCUAAUUUAUUUUAUUUUGCAUAGAAACUAUUGUAUCUUUACAAUAGAAGACACCAACGUGAAAAGUAAUAGCUGAUACCAAGAGAAAAUGAACUAAGAGAAGGAAUCCUACCUAUAUAGCCUUGUGACCAUCAUGUGCACAGUUUGAUGCUAUUUUUAGCUUGGAGAUAUUUUGAGUGAACAGCCUGAUUUGUUGAUUUCUUGAAGGUAGGCGGCUUCCAGUCUUGCAGUAAACAAAGCCUGUGUUUUUGUCAUGGACGUAGUGAAAUAUGACGCUUUUCGUGUCCUAAUACAAGGCAUUAAAGGGAAGCAUGAUUAUUGCGCAGGCAUGGUAACAAGUUAAAAAUAGCAUCGAUGAUUCUAAAAAUAGCAUCAAAGUGUGCACAUGUAUGAUGGGACACGGGGAUUCCUUCUCUUAGUUCAUUUUCUCUUGCUGAUACUGUACAGUGUAGAUCCUUGUUUGAGUACUGACAGAUUCCCACUGCUUUGUGAUGAACAUUGACUGUAUUGAUGUCCAUAUUAUCUGAAAACAACUAAAGCUAGCUUCAAGCCAAUCACAUUCAGUCAUUUUUAGGUGUGUUUAAUAAUCGUACUAGUCUACAGUCAAUGAAAGUGACUAGUACUUGAGUAGGUAACAGAUUUAAGAUAAUAAAACAUAGUUCUGUAAUUAACUAAACAUAACAACAAAAGCAUAUUAAGUUUCUUAUGCAUUCUAAAAAAGGUUUUGCACAAUCUU